UGUUAGUGUUGUGUGGAAAUACCUACACACAUUCUGCCAGGUUUACCCUCACUAACUACCUCCUUACCUUCACUUACUUAACAAACUAACCUCACUCGCUAUCCCACUAACUACCCUGACUGCCUACAUGAACUAACUGCACUCACUAACUAUACUCACUAGCUACCCUAAAUACCCCACUAACUAAACUCACUAACUACCACACUAGCUACCCUCACUAACUACCCUGAUUGCCGACAUUAACUAACUACACUCACUACCUUCGAUAACUACCCUGACUAUCUCAAAUAGCUACCCUCACUAACUACCUCGAACUGACUACUCCAACUAGCUACCCCCACUAACUACACUGACUGCCUACAUUAACUAACUACACUCACUAACUACCCUAACUGUCCCAACUAACUAUACUCACUAACUACCUAACUAAUGUUGCUGAUGUUGAUUAUAUUGAUGAUUUUGCUGAUGUUGCUGAUGUUGAUUAUAUUGAUGAUGUUGAUGAUUUUGCUGAUAUUGAUGAUGUUGAUGAUUUUGUUGAUGUUGAUGUUGAUGAUUUUGCUGAUGUUGAUCAUAUUGAUGAUUUUGCUGAUGUUGAUGUUGCUGAUGUUGAUCAUUUUGCUGAUGUUGAUGAUGUUGCUGAUGUUAAUUUUAUUGAUGAUGUUGAUGAUUAUGCUGAUGUUGUUGAUGAUUUUGCUGAUGGUCUUGCUGAUGUUGAUUAUAUUGAUGAUGUUGCGGAUGUUGAUCAUAUUGAUGAUGUUGAGGAUUUUGCUGAUUUUAAUUAUAUUGAUGAUGUUGAUGAUGAUGUUGCUGAUGUUGAUUAUAUUGAUGAUAUUGCUGAUAUUGAUUAUAUUGAUGAUUUUGCUGAUGUUGAUAAUGAUGUUGCUGAUGUUGAUUAUAUAGAUGAUAUUGAUGAUUUUACUGAUGUUGAUGCUGAUGUUGCUCAUAUUGAUGAUGUUGCGGAUGUUGAUUAUAUUAAUGACGAUGAUUUUGCUGAUGUUGAUGAUGUGGCUGAUGUUGAUUAUUUUGAUGAUUUUGCUGAUGUUGAUGAUGUUGAUUAUAUUGAUGAUGUUGCUGAUGUUGAUUAUUUUGAUGAUGUUGCUGAUGUUGAUUAUAUUGAUGAUGUUGAUGAUUAUGCUGAUGUUCAUGAUGUUGCUAAUGUUGAUGAUGACGUUGCUGAUGUUGAUUAUAUUGAUGAUGUUGCUGAUGUUUGUAAUGAUGGUGUUUGUAAUGUUGAUGAUGUUUCUGAUAUAGAUGUUUGUAAUGUUGCUGUUGUUACUGAUGUUGCCGAUGUUGAUGAUGUUGCUAAUGUUAAUGAUGUUGAUGACAUUGUUGAUACUGAUGACGUUGCUGAUGUUUCUGGUGUUGUUUGUAAUUAUGCUGAUGUUGAUAUUGCUGAUGUUACUGAUAUUAUUUUAGCCAUGUUGCUUAUGUUUCUGAUGUUGAUUAUAUUGAUGAUGUUGAUGAUUUUGCUGAUAUUGAUGAUGUUGAUGUUGAUGAUUUUGCUGAUGUUGAUCAUAUUGAUGAUUUUGCUGAUGUUGAUGUUGCUGAUGUUGAUCAUUUUGCUGAUGUUGAUGAUGUUGCUGAUGUUAAUUUUAUUGAUGAUGUUGAUGAUUAUGCUGAUGUUGUUGAUGAUUUUGCUGAUGGUCUUGCUGAUGUUGAUUAUAUUGAUGAUGUUGCGGAUGUUGAUCAUAUUGAUGAUGUUGAGGAUUUUGCUGAUGUUGAUUAUAUUGAUGAUGUUGAUGAUUUUGCUGAUGAUGAUCAUGAUAUUGCUGAUGUUGAUUAUAUUGAUGAUGUUGCUGAUGUUGAUUAUAUUGAUGAUGCUGCUGAUGUUGAUGAUUUCGCUGAUGUUGAUGAUGAUGUUGCUGAUGUUGAUUAUAUUGAUGAUGUUGCUGAUAUUGAUUAUAUUGAUAAUUUUGCUGAUGUUGAUAAUGAUGUUGCUGAUGUUGAUUAUAUAGAUGAUAUUGAUGAUUUUACUGAUGUUGAUGCUGAUGUUGCUCAUAUUGAUGAUGUUGCGGAUGUUGAUUAUAUUAAUGACGUUGAUGAUUUUGCUGAUGUUGAUGAUGUUGCUGAUGUUGAUUAUUUUGAUGAUAUUGAUGAUUUUGCUGAUGUUGAUGAUGUUGAUUAUAUUGAUGAUGUUGCUGAUGUUGAUUAUUUUGAUGAUGUUGCUGAUGUUGAUUAUAUUGAUGAUGUUGAUGAUUUUGCUGAUGUUGAUGAUGUUGCUGAUGUUGAUUAUUUUGAUGAUAUUGAUGAUUUUGCUGAUGUUGAUGAUGUUGAUUAUAUUGAUGAUGUUGCUGAUGUUGAUUAUAUUGAUGAUGUUGCUGAUAUUGAUUAUAUUGAUAAUUUUGCUGAUGUUGAUAAUGAUGUUGCUGAUGUUGAUUAUAUAGAUGAUAUUGAUGAUUUUACUGAUGUUGAUGCUGAUGUUGCUCAUAUUGAUGAUGUUGCUGAUGUUGAUUAUAUUAAUGACGUUGAUGAUUUUGCUGAUGUUGAUGAUGUUGCUGAUGUUGAUUAUUUUGAUGAUAUUGAUGAUUUUGCUGAUGUUGAUGAUGUUGAUUAUAUUGAUGAUGUUGCUGAUGUUGAUUAUUUUGAUGAUGUUGCUGAUGUUGAUUAUAUUGAUGAUGUUGAUGAUUUUGCUGAUGUUGAUGAUGUUGCUAAUGUUGAUGAUGACGUUGCUGAUGUCGAUUAUAUUGAUGAUGUUGCUGAUGUUUGUAAUGAUGGUGUUUGUAAUGUUGAUGAUGUUUCUGAUAUAGAUGUUUGUAAUGUUGCUGUUGUUACUGAUGUUGCCGAUGUUGAUGAUGUUGCUAAUGUUAAUGAUGUUGAUGACAUUGUUGAUACUGAUGAUGUUGCUGAUGUUUCUGGUGUUGUUUGUAUUGUUGCUGAUGUUGAUAUUACUGAUGUUACUGAUAUUAUUUUAACCAUGUUGCUUAUGUUUCUGAUGUUGAUGAUGUUGCUGUUGUUGACGAUGAUGAUGUUGCUGAUGUUGAUGUUAUUGAUGAUACUGAUGAUGUUGCUGAUGUUGCUGAUGUUGCAGAUGUUCUGAUGUUGAUUUCUGUAAUGUUGCUGAUGUUGAUGAUAUUGAUGAUGAUGUUUCUGAUGUUGAUGUUUGUAAAGUUACUGAUGUUGAUGAUAUUGAUGAUGUUGAUGAUGUCACUGAUGUUGAUGAUUUUAACCAUGUUGCUUAUGUUUAUGAUGCUGAUGAUGAUUUUGCUGAUGUUGCCGGUUCUGAAGCUGUUGUUGAUGUUGAUGCACAUGCCGAUGAUGAUGUUGACAGACAAGUGAGGGUGUUGAUUGCUAUGCUGCUGCUGCUGAUGUUGCUAAUGCAGAUGUCACGUGCAUGUGCGUGUGCACGUGAGCCGCUGCCCCUCCCACCAGACUGAGCCCCGCCCCCAACCUGUUUAAGCGCUGCACAAGAUCAGGGAUCACAAGCCGACACGCCGCCUGAAGCAUGCGCGGGCUCCUGGAGAGCAGCUGGAGGAGGUUCGGCCCGGCGGGUCGGGGCUCGUACGACUGGGUCACCUCGCCUCCUUCGGGCCAGGACAAGCAGGGCUUCAACUGGAACGACCUGGGAGAAGACGGGAAGUACGAGUUGCUGGUCUACGUGGUCCUCCCGACGGCCUCGGUCCUCCUGCUGGUCCUGGCGCUGGUCCUGGCGUGCCGCCGUUGUUCCAGGUCCAAGCUGAGCCUGGCUGACUUCGUGGCCCUGGACCUGCGGGACGCCGACGGCAGCGGCGCCGAGUUCCUGUCCUCGCUGACUCUGAACGCCGAGCGCCACGGCAGCACCAGUUCCACCGGCUCCGACGGCGUCUUCGUCAUGGUGUACCUGCCCCCGCCCUACGAAGAGACCCUGACCAAGAUCACCAGGGCCGCCAGCCUCGCCAGCUCCAAGGACGCCGAGUCCGUCCGGAUCGAAGACCUGGAGGCCAGGCUGUGCCCGGAGAUCAGGGCCGGCGGUCGCUACGUGUGAUCCGACGCUCCACCGCUCCAGAACAAUCUCGACCCUGCUUUUGGUUCUUGGUGGCGCUACAGAACCAGGUUGAGGUGCACGUCAAUGUACACGGACGGACUUUGACCCCGUUUUCAAGCCAUGUUGUCCAAGCGUCCUCUCAAAGACUGACAGGAUUCUUUUGCUUUCCUUUGUGAGCAUUCGUGAAGUGCACCACUUUUUGGUCCACAAUCAGGAGUCCCGAGUCCAGUUUCUACCAAGCGGUACACUUUGUCCAUGCUGGACCGUACCAUUCCGUGUCACGCUAGACUGUACCGUACCAUAUCAUGCUGGACCAUACUGUAACAUCAUCAUACAGGACCGUAUCAAGCCCGACCAUACCGUACCAUAUCAUACUGGACCAUGUCAUACUGGACCAUAGUGUACCAUAUCAUGCCAGACCAUACCAUAAUCAUACCGCAGCAUAUCAUGCCAGACCAUACCGUACCAUAAUUAUACCCUACCAUGACAUGCUGGACCAUACUGUACCAUAACCAUUUGGUACUAUAUCGUGCCGAACCAUACUGUACCAUAAUCAUACCGUACCAGUAGCUUACCGUAUCAUGUCAUGCCAAACCAUGCCAUACCAUAAUCAUAUCUUACCAUAUCAUGCCGGAUCAUAAUAUACCAUAUCAAACUGAACGAUGCCGUACUAUAAUCAUACCAUACCAUGCCAUAUCAUACUAGACCAUGCCGUAAUAUAUCAUGCCGGACCAUGCCGGACUACACUGGACCAUAAUCAUGCCGUACCAUGUCAUGCUGGAUCAUAAUAUACCAUAUCAAACUGAACGAUACCGUACCAUAAUCAUAUUAGACCAUACCGUACCAUAUCAUACUGUACCGUUGUCUUACCGUAUCAUGUCAUGCCAAACCGUACCAUACCAUAAUCAUAUCGUACCAUAUCAUGCCGGACGACAUAAUAUGACAUAUAAAACUGAACGAUGCCGUACCAUAAUCAUACCAGACCAUACUGUACCUUAUCAUGCCAGACCAUACCAUACCAUACUAGACCAUACCGUACUAUAUCAUGCUGGACCAUACUGUACCAUAUCAUACCGUAUCAUACUCAUAUCGUACCAUUAUCUUACUGUGUCAUGUCAUGCCAAACCGUACCAUGCCACAAUCAUACCGUACCAUAUAAUGCCGGAUCAUACCGUGCCGGAUCAUGAUAUACCCUAUCAAACUGAACGAUACCGUACCAUAAUCAUACCAGACCAUACUGUACCAUACCAUGCCGUAUCAUACUAGACCAUGCCAUACUAUUUCAUGCUGGACCAUACCGUACAAUCUUAUGCCGGACUAUACUGGACCAGAAUCAUGCCGUACCAUAUCAUGCCAGACCAUACCUUACCAUAUCAUGCCAGACCAUACCGUACCAUAUCAUGCUGAACCUUACCAUACCAUAAUCAUACCGUACCAUAUAACUGGAUCUUACCGUACCAUAUCAUGCCAGACCAUGCCGUACCAUAGCAUACUAGACCUUACUGUACCAUAUCAUGCUGAACCUCACCAUACCAUAAUCAUACCGUACCAUAUCAUACCAUACCAUAAUCAUACUGUACCAUAUAAUCAUAUAUCGUAUCGGACCAUAUAAUGCCGGACAAUAUCGUACCAUGCCAUACCAUACCAUAAUAAUGCCGAACCAUACCGUACCACUUUUUGGCAGCUUCAAGUGGGCGGGUGACUAAAGGGGCGGAGCUAGACACACUGGAAUGGUGAAGAAGAAGGAUGUCCUCCAUUGUGUGUCCACGCGAUGACGUCAUCGUGUUAUCACGUCCACUACGUGACCACCAAGUGGCGUAAA